AUGUCAAACGUAAAAGCAUCGUUAGAGGAGCCUAAAAGGGCGUCAAAUAUAGUAGCAAGUUUCUCGCAACAAACAGUACCUAACCAGAUCCUGUUAGCUACCGCAAUUGUUAAAGCUGAAGCGAGAAAUGGUGAAGCUCACUUGCUCAGAGCCCUGCUAGAUCAGGGUUCUCAAGCGUCGUUUGUCACCGAGUCCACAGCACAGUCACUUGGUCUAAGGAAGAUAGCUAGAAGGAGUCACAUAUCGGGAGUGGGCGGCGAUAAGAGGUGUCCGUGGGCGGCGGUAAUCACC